ACUUUGAUUUAGAUGGUAAAUCCUUUCAAAAGAUUGCUUUCGAAAUGGGUAAAUAAUAAGAUUCGAGGCCCAGUUUUCAGAGUCCAAAAUUGAAUACUUUGGAGUUACAGAGCCAAAGUGGUUGAGAUAGAUAACAGGUAGCAUCCGAAUCAGGGUUCUAGCUGUAUGUGAGUUAUGAUGAACUCCACAAUUCAAGAGACCUGAAGCUGCAGAUGGACUGGAUACAGGAAUCCAUUAAGUGACUCCGUCAAAUAAGUUUGAGACCGUUCCAGAUUUGGGUGAACUUAUCCCUGUUAAGAUAUCGAAGUAGACCCCUCUCUCUCGCACCAUAUCCAAAUGUGAUAUCAAUUUUUGCGCUGCUGCCAUAAUGCACUCUAGCCUUACUCUCCUGAUGCUCGUCAAUUCGCCCACACUUUAGUUACAUCGAUGCCCAGGAGGGCUUUUCCUUCGCACACACGCACACAGCUCGAACACAUCCACAUCCAUAGAGAGCAGUCAUAUGCAGGACUCCCCCAUUAGGUCGUGCCCAUAGCCCAUGACAGAGUCGGUUUACUCGUGGCAGUGUGUCCGUGCGCUGUGGCCAGUGGGUUGGAAAUUGCUUUAAUAUACCGGAAAUUGCAGGAGAGUUGCAUAAAUUGACACGAAACGCCCGCGGGCACAAUUCGGGCCAUCCAAUGUAAUCAGCAUUUCAGACAUCAGCGCAGAAAACGAAAGUAUUGCCCACUCCACCUCGAGGUCUUAUCGAUUGGGGACUGCGGACUGGGGGCCGCCCCUAAUUUCCAUCAGUCGAUGCCGCGACUCGAGUAAAUAUGCAGAACAAAGAAGGCCCAACGUUGGUCUUCUAUAUAAAUCAGAAAAUUACCUGAGUAGAACAUCACUCGAUCCACACACUAAGAGAUGAAACUAUUUGCUUCGGCUUUGGGGCUUCUUCUCAGCCUGGCUGCUAUGAGCUUGUCUCGCGUCGAGGGUUUCAACUGCACGCUGCCAUUGACCAGAGUAGGGGAGAAGCAUUACUUUGUGGAGAGCAAGGAUAAGCUCACCUGGUACGAUGCCAACGAGCGCUGCAUUCGGUCGGGCCUCCAGCUGGCCACCGUUGACUCCGAGUACAAGUUCACUGAGCUGACCGACUUCUUGACGAGCAUGGGCUAUCGCGCCGACUGGAUCUGGAUUGGGGGCUUUGGCCGGCAGGGCAGCUGGCUGCAGUUUGGUCCUGCCCGGCCCCUGCCCUAUGCCAAAUGGUACAUCAGCCAGCCGGACAACCUGAACAGCGAGAACUGCAUGAACCUAUAUCGCAUCGGGGAGCCCUGGUUCAUGAACGAUUACUCCUGCCGUGUCAAGCUCUCGUACAUCUGUGAACUCGACUCGACAAGAGUGUAUAUCAACUGAUUUGGAAAUAUACAUAUAUAUUCGAGCUAAAAGAUUUACUUUGAAUUUGAUUGAGGGAUGCGAGGGAUCCCUAGGUCCUGCAAGUUACCUAUUAUUAUAAAGGUAUCCCGAAAUGCAAA